AUGUCCUUCUCUACCACUUUCACCGGCGCGAAAAUCGCCCAAAAAUCAAUCCUCCAAAAGCAAUCGGUUGACAAACAAAUCUCCGCGAGACGCACGAAAGCGUCCUCGCCGUCCACGCAGAAGAAGGCCCAAAUCGCCUCCUUCGGUUCGUUGGCGCCGCCGGAUUUGUACCCGGAAUUUGGUACCUACCCGGGCGGGGGUAACUCCUUGAUUAUCCCGUACACGGAUGAGAAAAACGCGGAGAGAGAGUUGAUCCACGGUCGAUGGGCGCAGUUGGGCGUCACCGGCGCCUGGGCCGCCGAGAACGGCACCGGCAUUCCGUGGUUUACCGCGGGUACCUUGUGCACUCCGGAUGACUGCACGGCCGUCGCGGACAAGUUUCCGGGCGCCGUGGCACCGUUGGCGCCGGAAGGCUCUGGCUACCCGAACUUUUGGGCAGUUUUGGCCAUCGAAGUCUUCUUGGUCGGCAACGCCGAGGCGUACAGAACGGGUAUCUUUGAAAACCCGUUCCCAGAGUUGGAAUUGUCCGUCUCCCCGGGCGGUAGAUUCGACCCGUUGGGUUUUGCGGAAGCCGGUGACUUAGAGGAGUUGAAAAUCAAGGAGUUGAAGCACUGCAGAUUGUCCAUGUUCGCGUGGUUGGGCUGCAUCUUCCAAGCUUUGGCCACCCAAGAAGGUCCGAUCGCCAACUGGCAAGCGCACGUCGCUGAUCCGGUGCACGCGAACGUCUUGACCAACGCGGCCAAGGGUUUCAGCUUCUAUUAA